CAAGUACAUUGAUGCAUAACAUUCAGCUGUCGUAGCAGUUUUCCCCAAAGUCUCCAAAUGCUGAGAAGAAUACGAAGUGAAAGAGAUCAAAUCUGAGGAAGUCAGGAAAACACAUUGCUUUCUGUUUCUCUUUUGAGGACAUGGGGUUUGUAUUAGAAAUUGGAGUUCAAUUCAGGAAAUCUAUGAGAACAUGUUACAGAUCACUUUGCCAUCAUCCAGUUCUCGCGGCAUUUCUGCUUUUCUUGACAUUUCUGCACAGGUUCUUUCCUUUUGCAUUUUCUCUUUUGGUGACUGCAUCCCCUGUUUUGGUCUGCUCAGUUAUUCUUCUUGGGACCCUUUUGAUUUUUGGGCAACCAGACUUGGCCAAAACCGAAGGGGAAACGAAGAUUGCCCAUGAUUUUGCUUCUGUUAGAACCAGGGUUUCAGUGGAUGAGACUGUUAGUUUUGAGAGGGAUGGAAAGUUUUCUAUAGAGAAGUUCUCUGGAAAGAGUGUAGACGAAUUGAGUUGCAGUAGAUACAGUAGUGAUCCUGAAGGUUCAGUUGGUUAUGUGCCACUUAUUGAUGAGACAUUUCAUUACACUGACAAUGAGAGGAGAGAAUUAGAUGGUAAGGAGCUGGAGAACCAAAGGGUCAUUCAUAAGGAGAAAUUGGGGAUUGACAGCAUUGAUGGCAUUAGAAGGAAUGUGAAAGCUGUUGCGAAGCCGGCUUCCCUCAAAGGUGAUCACUCGGAGUCUUCACAGGGUGGUGAUGGUGGUGAUGAUGAGGCUACAGAUUCUGGCUCUGACCGGGCAGAGAGUUCGUCACCAGAUGCUUCAAUAGCAGACAUCCUUCCAAUUCUUGAUGAGCUACACCCACUAUUAGACGUAGAUGCUCCACUGCCUGUGCAUAUGUCCCCUGAUGACUCUGGUCUUGAGUCUGAUAGGAGCAAUGAUGGCAGUAAUGAGUCAGAUGAUGAGGAUACUGAAAUCCGGAGUACACGUGUACAAGAGUAUGGGGUUGAUGAUAAUGAUGGUGAUGAUGAAGAAGAAGCUCAUGAGGGUAAAGAGGAUGAAAGCAAAUCUGCAAUCAAGUGGACAGAAGAUGACCAAAUGAACCUCAGGGACUUGGGGAAUUUGGAGCUUGAAAGGAACAGAUGCUUGGAUAAAGUUCUUACAAUGAGAAGAGCAUUGAAAGUAGAUGAGAAGAAUCUGAUAGAUUUAGAUUCUUCUGAGAGUCCCUUUAAUAUCCCCCAAAUUGUAACAACAAGACACAACCCAUUUGACCUUUCACAUGAUUCCUAUGAUGGUAGGGGGUUAUCACCCAUCCCUGGUUCUGCUCCAUCGUCUUACUUACCAAGAAGAAACCCCUUUGAUCUUCUGUAUGAGGCAAAUGAAGAGAGUUCUGAGCUCAGUGGAGACCAUGCUGAAGAACAUGCAACAUUUCUCCCCACUAAUACAAUCUUCUGUAGGCAUCAAAGCUUUAGACCAUCUAGGUUUGGGGAUACCAAGCAAGAGAAGCGAGAUCAUAGUUGGAAACCUAUUUUUGUACCAGAACAGUUGGCUUCAGAAGGAACAAACUAUUGCUCAUUCCAAGGACUACCAAGAGAUGCUAGUGAUUCAAAGUUGAGUUCAAUUCCUGACACUGAGACAGUGAGUUCUGGAGAAGAUCUGGAUGAAAUGAAACUCAGUCAGCGUGUUAACGAAGCAGAAGUGAUCUCCAAUAUAUACCAAGCCUCACAUCUUGUUAACCAUAGAAGUCAUUCCUCUGAAGAUCUAGAUCCUCUGGAAAUGGAGCGGCCUGGGGAAAAAGAUAUUCAGCAUGAUGAAUCAGAAAUAAAAUUGGGAGAGGUGAAGGAUGAGAAUGCAAGCUUGUCUGGUACAGGACGAUUGGUUAUUCCUGUGGAACCUAUUACUAAAUCAACUUAUUUGACACCUGAAGCAUUUGAAGAUAAGAACAGCAAUAGGUCUAGCUCAUCGUUGUCAUCGGAAGUGGAUGAAAACUCUUCAGAAUUGAGGAAGGAUGGGUCAAAAUCUUUUGAGCCAUUUGUAAUGGAAGUGCAAACUAUGAGUGGAAUGGUGGAUGACCUUCAACAUAAGGAGCCAGUCUAUGACACAAGCCCCCCAGGAUCUGCAAAGGUCCUUUUCUUUGAUUCUAUUUCUUCAGAUAUUCAAGCAGAGGCAUCUGAAAUUGUUCCAGAACCAUCAUCAGUUGAAAUGUGUGUUCCUUCUGUAGACCAAGCCUUAGAUUCAGACUUGCAUGGUGACAGCAUUGAGAAGGGUACUUCAGAAAAUGGAAGAGGCUCUGGAGAAUGCAACCAAUUAUUCUUAACAUCUCAUUCAGAUGUGCAUGAUGAUCUCCCUAAGAAUUUGAAUGUGAAAGCAGCUUUGCCAAACUGUAGUGCUCAGUUUGUUUCUUCCAAAGAUAACACACCAGCAGAGGAGAAAAACUUAUUACGGUCCAGUAUGUCUACAGAUCAAUCAUCUUUUGAUGAUCAUAAUGCACUUCCUGAACCACAUAUCCUCUUAUUGGAGUUAAAAGAAGAAUCAAGCAGCAGGGACGUAGAUGCAGUUGGAGUCCAAGACCCCAGUUUGAAAAAAUUGCUUCCUGUGAGUGCUAAAUCUACAUCAAGCAACAAAGCACCUGGUGUCCAAGAAACUAUAGGUACUGAUACUGCUAUGGAGCAAACCUCAGAAGCUAACAAGUUGCCAAAACCAUCAAAUUCAAAAGAUGGAUCGGUGGGAAUAGAAGCUAAUGCAUUGGAUUCUACAGAGGAGACUGCAUCAAACAAUACAGACACAAGUAUUGAAGAAACUGUCACUAACAUUUCUCCAAAGAAACUCUCAGAGGCUAAUGGUGAGCAGACACAACCGUCAAAUUCAAAUGAUAGAUCGUCAAAAGUUGAAACUAGUUCAAAGGAUUCUACCAAGGUGAAUGCAUCAAGCAACACAGAAGCUGGUGUCAAAGAGCCUGCUGCCACUCCUGAUUCUCUGAAGAAAGUCUUGGGAGAUAUUGAUCCUCAGCUUCCUACUUCAUCAAAUUCCAAGGAUGGUUCAACAGUGGUUGGAACCAAAACUAAUUCUCCCAAGAAAGGCUCAGAAGCUAAUGAUGGUGAGCUGCCUAAAUCAUCAAUUUUGAAGGAUGGGUCAACAGGAAUUGGGACCAAUGCAAUGGGCUCUACCAAGGAGAUUGCAUCAGUUGAUAUAAGCACUGCUGUUCAGGAAACCGUCACCACUCGUAGUACACCUAAGGAGGACUCAGAAGAUAAUUCUGGUGAGCUGACUGAACUAUCAAAUAUCAAGGAUGGAUCGACAGACGUAAAUAAUACAGUGGGUUCUACCAAAGACAUAGCACUAACCAGUACAACAUCUGGUGUUCAAGAAACUGUCAAAGCUCCUGUGAAGCAAAUCUCAGAAAGUGAUGUCAGUAAGCUGCCGAAAUCAUCAGAGGACAUUGCAUUAAGCAAUACAGGAUAUGGUGUUCAAGAAACUGCCACUACUAUGAAACAAGUUCCUAAAAGUGAUGAUAUUGAAUUGCCAAAACCGUUCAAAGAUGAAUUUGAGAAAGUAGAAACUAAUGAUGCAGUCAAUUCUACCACGAGUCUUCAAGAAACUGCCCCUACUCUCCCAAAGGAAGUCUCUGAAGGAAAUCUCAGUGAGUCAUCAAAGUCGAAGGAUGGAAUGAAUGAAGUGGAAAGUAAUGUUGUCAGUUCUGCCAAGGAAAUUUCAUCAAAUUCGUUAGGAACUGGUUUACAGGAUAGUGUCUCUACUCGAACUCCAGCAAAGAAAUUGUCAGAAGCUAAUGUUGGAGAUUUGCCAAAAUCAUCAGAUUCAAAAGAUGGACAUAAAGAAAUAGAAACUAAUGCAGUGAGUUCUACAACGGAGAUUGCACCACAAAAGCAAGUCUCAGAAGGUAAUCACAGUGAGGCGACAAAAUUAUCAAAUUCGAGUGGUGGAUCAACAGAAGUAGGUACUAAUGCAGCGGGUUCUAGCCAGAGUGUACAAGAAACUGCAACUAAUUUGAAGCAGGUUUCACAAGGUGAUGCCAAUGAGCUGCCAAAACCAUCAAACACAAAGGACAGGUCACCGGAAGUCAUGAAUGCAGUGGAUUCAACCGAGAGUGUUCAAGACAGUAAUCAAGAACCUGAAACUAAAGUCAGUGUGCUUCCAAAACCUUCAAAUUCAAAGCAUGGAUCGACAGAAGUAAGAACUGACGCAGUCGAUUCUACCAAGACGCUUUCAUCCGGCAACACGGAAGGUAUCACCGCUCAUAGUGUUAAACAAGUCCCGGAAGAUAAUCUCAGUGAGCUGCCGAAAUCACAUGCAAAUGACGGAUCAGCAGAGAUAGGAACUAAUGCGUUGGAUCCCAUAAUAAGUCUUCAACAAACUGUCUCUGCUAAUAUCAACCAGCUGCCAGAACCGUCAGACGUAAAGGACGGAUCGACCAUAGUGCCUACUACAGUCAACUCUACAAAGAGUGUCCAAGAAACAAUCACUAAACAAGUUUCAGAAGGUAAGGGCAAUGAGCUUCCGAAACCUUUCAAGGAUGGAUCAACAAAGGUAGGAACUGAUGCAGAUGAUUCUACGGAGAAGCUUGCACCAGGCAACAUGGAAACUGGUGUACAAGUAGGAGUUGAUGCAGUUGGUUCCAUCAAGGACAUUCCAUCAAGCAAAACAGAAUCUGGUUUUCAAAAACGUAUCACCACUUCAGAAAGUGAUGUUGCUGAGUUGCCAAGAUCAUCACAAUCGGACGGUCAUCUUGGCGAGGGUUUGAAACCAUCUAUUCCAGAAGAAAGUAAUGCUGGUAAAUUGCCAAAACCAACUAAUACUAAGGAAAGUAAUGCCACCGAGUCGCAAAAACCAGCAGAUCCAGAGGAAAAUAAUGCCGGUGAGUCGCAAAAACCAUCAGAAUCAAAAGGAUGGUUAUGGUGGUGAUUUGUUGCAU